UUGACAGGUGCAGUUACAGUCCAGCUGUGGGAGACGAGCUGUCAGACAUGAUCGCGUCGAGCUUCAGGGAUUGUGAGGCUUGGAGGGCCGAGGGUCUUGAACUCUCCACCACCAGUAAUGAGGCCUGCAAACUCUAUGACGCCCUACUUACACAGUACGUGACCUGGAGGAACGAUGAAACCGUGGGAGGGUUUGAAGGAUGCAUGUCCGCCAUGCAGACGGCCGAUCCUACCUUUGUUAUGGGCCAUGUGAUGAGCACCGGGCUGGAGCUGGCGGCGAUGGCGAGCUCCCUCCGGCUGAAUGAGCGCCUGGCGAGUGCCGUGACUCACACGGUGGAGCUGGCCAGCAACCAGGACAUCACUCCCAGGGAGAAGCUCCAUGUCAAGGCUAUGGAGCUCUUCUCACGCGGAAUUUUUCUCAAGGCCUGUGACGUCUGGGAAGACAUUCUGGUGGAUCACCCCACUGAUAUGCUCGCCCUCAAGUUCGCCCAAGAUGGAUAUUUCUACUGGGGAGCCAAGACCCGGAUGAGAGAUUCCGUGGCCAGGGUGCUGCCUCACUGGAAACCACACAUUCCUUUGUACAGUUAUCUGAAUGGACUGUAUUCCUUCGGUCUGCUGGAAUGUAACUUCUAUGACAAGGCGGAGAAAGUGGCGAUGGAGGGCCUCCGCCUGACUCCGGGCGACGCCUGGUCCGUCCACUCGGUCGCUCAUGUGUAUGAGAUGAGGGCAGAAGUGGACAAAGGUUUGAAGUUCAUGGAAAGUCGAGAGAAAGACUGGCAGGUCUCUGACGUCCUGGCCAGUCACAACUAUUGGCACUGGGCUCUAUACUUCAUCGAGAAGGGGCAGUACGAAGCCGCGCUGCAGAUAUACGACUCUCAGAUUUUCAGACGUUGUAAAGCCACAGGAUCCAUGUUGGACACUGUUGACGCCUGUUCACUGCUCAGCCGACUGGAAAUGGAAGGUGUGUGCACGAAGGAGCGCUGUCGGGAGCUGCUCCAGGUCACACGGCCUCACACCGACGACCACGUGACCCUGUUCAACGACGUCCACUUCCUGAUGGCGUCGCUGGGCGCCAAGGAGAGCGGCACGUCGCAGCGUCUGCUGGAGGGCCUCCAGGAGUUGGCUAAGGAGCCAGGGGAGAAUCAGCAGCACCAGCUGGCUGGAUCUCUGGGUGUACCCAUGUGUCAGGCGAUGAUGGAGUACGACCAGGGCAACUACGGUGGAGCGGUGGAGCUCCUGUACCCUCUCCGCUACAGAACCGUGGAGAUCGGUGGCAGCGACGCUCAGAGGGACGUCUUCAAUCAGCUGCUCAUUCAUGCAGCACUGAAGUCAGAGGAUAAGCACCACCAGAAGCUGGGAAGAUGUCUUCUAGUCGAGCGUGAUGCCGUGAGGCCGAACUCCCCCCUGACGGCUCGCCUGAUGCAGCGGGCGCUCCACGUCUAGCAGGACUGAGAGGCGCCCAUACGAGGAACAUCAAAGUAACAUCGGCAGACGCAGAAUCCCAUGAGCCCAUGUUUGGUUCGAGGGGACUUUGGUACCAGCUGUUGUCAAGAUGGCUGAAUUCUCAUGAUGUAGAGCAUCUUUUAGAUUACCCACCUAUUAAGCUUUGUUAAUGACGAGUGUGAAACUUAAUCAUGUGCAACAUCUUUUUUUAAUUCUUUUACUGAAAACUGGCUUCUCUAAUCUGUGCAGAUGUCUGUGACUACUGUAUGUUCCAAAAAAAUGUAUUAAUGACACAUUCAAUUUAAAUGCCUUUCAUGUCAACAGCAAUAUAACAAAAUUAAAUCAAUAAAUAUACACUUUGCAUGUGAGAGUGUAACAGAAUAAAGUGCAUCACACGCUAGAGAAAAAUAAAUGUACUCAAAAACAUUGCAGAUGUACCGUAGCAGCAAUAAAAAAAAAGUCAGUCCUUG